GAUGGGCCAGGACGAGUCGCGCAUGGUAGAUGAUGACACCCCACCAAAGACAUUGGACAGUCGUUCCCUCGAAUCUCUCGCAAAGUAUAUCAAAGAUGGGCGGGCGAAGCGCAUCGUGGUCAUGACUGGAGCCGGAAUCAGCACAUCAGCAGGUAUUCCUGACUUCAGAUCUCCAGAUACUGGCCUCUACGCCAAUCUCCAGCGCCUAAAUCUGCCCUACGCCGAGGCCGUCUUCGAUAUCGACUACUUUCGCAAGAACCCGGACCCUUUCUAUGCUCUCGCGCAGGAACUCUACCCUGGAAGCUACCGACCGACCAUCACACAUUCCUUCAUAAAACUCCUGCACGAUAAAGGGCUGCUGUUGAAACUCUUCACUCAGAACAUCGAUUGUUUGGAGCGAGAAGCAGGGGUGCCAGAUGAUAAAAUCAUCGAAGCCCACGGUAGCUUCGCGAAGCAGAGUUGCAUCGAAUGCAAAUAUCCGUAUCCCAAAGACCAGAUGCAGCAGGCAAUCAAAGACAAAUCUGUCCCCAGGUGCUUAAAUUCCGAGUGCAACGGCCUAGUCAAGCCUGAGAUUGUAUUCUUUGGAGAGCAGCUGCCCGAGUCAUUCUUCCGAAACCGGUUCCUCCCAGAGGAUUCUGACCUAUGCAUAGUCAUGGGAACUAGUCUCUCUGUGCAGCCUUUCGCGUCACUGCCGCAAGCUUGCGGUGAAUCGACCCCAAGACUACUCAUCAACUCGGAACAAGUGGGUUCGUUGGGUUCUCGAGCCGAUGAUGUACUUCUCCUGGAGGACUGCGAUGCCGGUGUAAGGAAGCUCGCAGAGGCAUGCGGUUGGUUGGAAGAGCUAGAAAACACGUGGUCAGAGACGGCACCUGGUCAGCCGCGAAUCGAGAAAAAGAAGGUCGAGGAACCCAAGAAGACUCGUGACGAAAAACUGGCGGAAGAGGUCGACAAGUUGACUGAAGAGGUGGAAAAGAGCUUGAAGCUCCACCAAGAGCAACACGAGUGGCUGGCAAAUCAUGUCGACAACAAAUUUGCACGCAUUCAGGAGAACGAAGAAACCACACCUUCGGUCAAUGCCUUACACACAGGCAGUGGUAGCACAUCCAAGUCCAGUUCAGGGGGUCUGCAGCACGUAUUUCCAUGGAUCGAGAAGAAGCCGACGCUGUAAG